UUCAAUAAGUGAUUGUUGUUGUUUAUAAUGAUGAUGACUAUUGGAUACAUUAGGAAAUUAUUUUUUGUAUCAUACAUCAUGUCAGCUUAAAUAGACAGAUGUAGACAGACAUGCAACAUGUCACACACAUUACAGACAGACAGUAUUCACAUAGACAACCAUAUAGCACAAUACAACACAACACAAUAUGAGCCUGGUUCAUUUUCAGUAAUGAGGUCCUGUACCACAUUUACAGUUUCUACUUCUAUGUAUCAGGUGGAGUUAUUCACCAGCUAUAGAGUGAGUUGUUUAUGUGUCUAAGACUGCAGGGUGGGAGAUGCAACAAUGGCCUUGAGAACAGCAGGAAGUGUGUUGGUGGUCUUUCUCUGGUCUGUGACAGUGGUACUGAGUCAGAAAGGCUGGAGUGUUACAUACACCAAUCAGAGUAUCUGUACCUUGAAGGGGUCAACAGUGGAUCUGACCUGCUCUUACACAUAUCCCAGUGGUAAAGUCACAACAACCUUGUGGUUCACUAAAGUUUAUGAUGUGGAGAAUUAUGUGAGUCUGUUAGAUGACCCAGACUACAAAGGUCGUGUGAUGUACCGUGAGGAUGAAGAGAAUGGACACACCCUGACAAUCACAGACCUGAGAGAGAGUGACUCAGCUACGUACAUGUUCAGAUUUAUAACAGAUCAGACCAGAGGGAAAUAUUUUGGGAGCCCUGGAGUCACUCUGUCUGUUACAGACCUGCAGGUGAAGGUGACCACUACAUGGUGGUCAACGACACUGACCUGUAGCACCACCUGUACUCUGACUGACAACCCCAACCCCACCUACAUCUGGUACAGGAACAGUAAGAUUGUACAAGAGGACUCCUCCCCCUCAUACACAUUCUACUUUAAAACUGAAGACAGCUUCUACUGUGCUGUAAAAGGCAUCAAAUCUCCUGCAGUGUACGGCCCAAAGAACACCUCAGUGUCAGUCAGUCCCUCUGGUGAAAUAGUGGAGGGCAGUUCAGUGAAUCUGACCUGCAGCAGUGAUGCCAACCCACCUGUGGACAAAUACACCUGGUACAAGAUAACAUAUAAGAAAAUGUCAAUGAGACAUUCUGGACAGAGUUACAGCAUCACUAACAUCAGCUCUGAGGACAGAGAGGGAUACUACUGUGAGGCUCUGAACAUUAUAGGGAGAGAGACUAUCCCUGUCCAUAUUAAUGUUAUAUCAGUGUUUCCCUGGGUUCCUGUGAUGGGGGUGGGGGCUGUCCUGACUGCUGGAGCUCUGCUACUCACCAUAUACUGCACUCUGAAGAGGAGAUCCACAGGAGGAAGUGAUACCACUGCAGACACACAGAAUGUGAGAGACUCUCCCAGUGACACAGCCCCUCAGAUAGAUGCUGAGCCCUCCGUUUAUGAGAACUGGAGCGAACCACCACAGAACCUGGACAGUGACACAGACCCUCAGAUAGAUGCUGAGCCCUCCGAUUAUGAGAACUGGAGAGAACCACAAAAUAACCUGGACUGAACAGAACCACCACAGAACCUGGACAGUGACACAGACCCUCAGAUAGAUGCUGAGCCCUCCGAUUAUGAGAACUGGAGAGAACCACCACAGGACCUGGACAGUGACACAGACCCUCAGAUAGAUGCUGAGCCCUCCGAUUAUGAGAACUGGAGAGAACCACAAAAUAACCUGGACUGAAGAGAACCACCACAGAACCUGGACCAAAGAGAACCACCAUAGAACUUGGACUGAAGAGAACCAAAACAGUACCUGGACUGAAGAGCAACAGCAUCAAACCAAAGCUAGGCCUCACAAUGCUAUUCUCUUACUAUCAUUAUGCUUUAUAGUCUAGAAGGUUUGAGACAAUGAGCUUUAACUUUUGAGUGAAUGCUGGAAUUUAGAUUGUUCUCCUAAUGAUAAAUACAGUAUGUAUAUAGAUGAUAAAUACAGUAUGUAUAUAGAUGAUCAAUACAGUAUGUAUAUAGAUGAUCAAUACAGUAUGUAUAUAGAUGAUCAAUACAGUAUGUAUAUAGAUGAUCAAUACAGUAUGUAUAUAGAUGAUCAAUACAGUAUGUAUAUAGAUGAUAAAUACAGUAUGUAUAUAGAUGAUCAAUACAGUAUGUAUAUAGAU